UCACCACACUCAUCACAACCACUCUUAAUUUCUCUCUGUCUCGUUUACACAUCUCUCCAACCUUUCACUUUCGUUUGUCAUUUUUAUUCGAAUCCCUCUCUCAAUGUCCUUUCAAAAUGGCCAGCGUUGAGGUUGCACAACAAACACCAACAACCAAGGUAAGCAAGACCCAGGAAACAACCCCAGUCACUAAGGCUCCUGCAACAGAACAACCAGCAGCUGAGAUUCCUGCAACAGAACAACCACCCGCUGAGGCUCCUGCCCCAGAAUUAACCACCCAAGCACCAAAGGAAGAAACCAUCGAGGCACCAACAGAAACAGUAGAGAAAACAACUACAGAAGUAGCCCCAGAGGAGCCUAAAGAAGUUCCAGUUGAGACCGAGGAGGUGGUGGCAAAGGAGACAGAGGAAGAGAAGCCAGCAGAAGAGAAAUCAGAGGAGAAAACUGAAGAAGUGAAAGAAGAAGCAGAGGAGCCUAAGGAAACUACUGAAACAGAAUCAGCAGCAGUAGCACCACCAGCAACCACAGAGGAAGAGAACAAACCAGCUAAGUCAGUUGAAACCCCAGUAGAGGUUCGUGUUGAGAAGACUGAAGCUUAGACCUAUGGACAGUGUGAGUGAGAAAAACAAGUUUAAAAAUGGUCCUAGUUGUGGGGAUCAGGUCUACCAUUUUGCAUGCCAUGUUGAAAAGCUUCUUUUUUUUCUUUAGUUUACUUUAUUAAUAUUAUUAUAUGAUGCUUAAGUCUUUGGUUGUAUUAUGGAGGGUACACCUACGUGUAAG